AGCGCCAGUCUAGGAGGAAGGUGACGUAUUUCCGGAAUACACCGCACGUGUACGGUGGAGCGGCGGGGAUCGGGUGUGGGUGACGUCACGUCGGUGAUCCGCCGACAAUGAAGAUCACUCGGCAGAAACACGCCAAGAAGAACUUGAGCUUCUACCGGAACAAUUUCCGCUUCCGGGAGCCAUACCAGGUGCUGCUGGACGGAACCUUCUGCCAGGCGGCUCUGAAGAACAAGAUCCAGAUCAAGGAGCAGCUUCCCAAAUACAUGAUGGGGGAUGUGCAGCUCUGCACCACCAACUGUGUUUUGAAGGAACUGGAGUCCUUGGGGAAGGAGCUGUAUGGGGCCAAGUUAAUUGCCCAGCGUUUUCAGGUGCGGAGCUGCGCUCAUUCCAAGAGUCCUGUCGAUGGCUCAGCAUGCCUGUUAUCCAUGAUCGCAGACAACAACCCGCACCAUUAUUUCGUCGCCACGCAGGAUCACGGUCUAGGAAACAAAGUACGGAAUAAAGCGGGCGUCCCUCUGAUGUUCAUCAUUCAGAACACCAUCGUCCUGGACAAACCUUCGCCAAAGUCCGUGGCUCACAUCAAGGCCUUGCAGGCCAGCGAACUGGUACCAGACCAUCAGAAGCAGAAUCUGGAGCAUCUGAAGGAUGAGCAGGGGAUGCCUCUGGACACGGGACGCAGAGGGAAAAAGAGGAAACGCAUCGGAGGGCCCAACCCACUAAGUUGCCUUAAGAAGAAAAAAACACCAGCUCAGCCUAUCUCGCCGGCUCCCGCUCAGAAGAAGAAGAGAAAAAGGAAGAGGGGCAAAGGGCUGGGAAAAGACACCACAGGGACUGCAUAGUGGGAAAUCAUUUUAUAUUUUUAUGCUAAAUGUGUUAUGAUGUUUCCAACAGUUCAACUUUUGUAAAUUAUUUCAGUAAAAAGAAUGGAUUUAUUUUGAGAA